CCAUGAUUCUGCUUCUCGAUUUGCCCCAAAAAUCAUAGCAACAAAUAAGCAAUAACGCAACGGGAUCAACAGCAGCACCGACAGAGGCAGAGCGUCGACGUUUGUGUUGUCGACAGGAAAAAGUCAACACCUUAUAAGGCAAGCGCGUGUUUCACGCAAGAGAAAGGACGUCAAUCUGGCUGGCAACGGUAGUGUCCAACCCAUCAGCAGCGCCGGGAUCAGCAACACCAUUUGCAAUAACCAUAAAUAUAAGACUGAACGGCCGUCCGGGCAGCUAGCACAGAAGAUGGCAUCCACUGGAGAGAUCUGGCUGCAGUGGUUCUCAUGCUGUUUCCAGCAGCAGCGCUCACCCUCCCGCCGACCGCAUCAACGCCUGCGCAUCGAUCGCUCGAUGAUCGGUAAUCCCACAAAUUUUGUCCACACCGGUCACAUUGGAUCCGCCGAUGUGGAGCUAUCCGCGAACCGCCUCAAUGCGAUCUCAACCCAAAUGCAGAGCAAGGGCGGCUACGAGACAAACUCGAUACACUCGCUGCACGCCUGCUGAUGAAGAACCCCCACACCCAAUGGCCACUAAAUGCAUUUUGUGCAAUUUUCUUCGUAACAACAACAAAAAAAAAAAGAGAAAAGAAAAAAUUAUAAAACAACAAUUUUUUUUUUUGUAAUAAUUCUUUGUUAAACGCGAGCGUGUUAUCAGGCAGGCGAGGGUGAUAAACGGAGUAGCAGGAGGAGCAACCGGCUGGGUGGGUGCUGACGACGCCAGAGGCAACAGAAAUGGGUUCCGCACACCAACAACAAUAACAACAGUACCAGCAAUCAUGUGGAAUACGAGAACGGACAAUGGACUCCAUGUGUACCAGCUACUAUUUGCAUUGACAGCGAGCGUAUUAGCUAUAAGUCGGUACUAUCCAUAUAUAUAAACCAAGAACUGUCUAGACCUAACUCUGUAAACGCCCGAUUGCAAUUGUUUUGCCUUUUGCGAGUAUUAUAUAGAUGAAAAAUCGCAAAAGUUCGCAGAUCCAAAGUCGAGAGUAUUUCGAAAACAAAAUAACAGUUCAAAGUUAGUCCGAGGAUUUUUAUUAUUUUUUUUAUAUUUUUAUUUUGGUAAUACAUAUUGUACUUAAUGCCAAAACAGUUAAGAUCAUUGUGCAGUUUUUCCUAUAGAGCGUGCACCAUGCAACUGAUGAUAACAUUUCCAUUAUAUAGAACCCAGAGAACGGAACUGCCUUAUUUCGAAUUGCGUAAUGCCACACAGAUCCAGAUGAUAAAUAUGCACUCAUAUAUAUAUAUAUAUAUAUAUAAUUAAUAACUGUCAUGUAGUAUAUAUAUAUAUAUCAACUGUUGUGCUAGUUAUAACUGAACAAGCAAUUUUACAAAGCUGAUUUAGCAUUUAUAUAAUGUUAUAAACUUUACAAAAAACUUAAUGACAACAAAUUGUCGCACAAUCAAUUUUUGAAAUGAUAUACAAAAAACAAACCGUAAAAUGUAUAAUUUAUGAUAUUUAUAAAUUUCGAAUAUUUGUUUACAAAGCAAAAAGAAAAAUAUUGUAAUUAAUUUUUUAGAUUUUUACAACCAUAUUUAUAAAUCCAGAAUAACCAAUGCAGAAAUAUAGUCUUUAAUCUUUGGCAGUAGAACGUGUACCUUUAUAAACCCCCCUCCCCCUCCCUUUAAAAAAAAAACUAAAAGCUAAAUUCAUAAAUUAAUCCAAUGCAGUUGUAGAUAUAAAUUGUAUGACUAAGAAAAAACGAUUGUAACAAAUAUAAAAUUGGGUUGAAAGCGUCACAAGUUGACUGCGCCGUAGACUAAUUGUAUAAAAACAAAAGAUAUUUAAGCAAUAAUUUAUGGAAAAAUAUAUUUAGAAAAACAAA